AUGGCUGCCAUCGAUGACAGUCCAGUGCUUGGACGCCGGAAAAUGCGACUGAAGCGGCAGGCCUUGUCGACCCUACGCGAAAGUCUUGAAUUAGCUGAGGGUACCACGACCCGCGAGUCAUCCAUCAAUGCGUUGAUGUGCCUUACCAUAGCCGCCUUGUGUAAAGGCGAGGCGCAGCAGGUCGAGAUCCACGGCUCUCAGAUCCGAAGCAUGGUCCAGGCCCUGGAAGCAGAUGGCGACUCGGACAGCCUCGCGAUCUUGACAACUCGCAUGUGCCGAGUGUUCUUCUUCGACAACUUCACAGCCUUACUCGCUGGCCGCAAGAUCAUCUGCAGCCAGGACUGGCUACCCACGCAAAUGCGUAGCAUGAUUCGGGCGCAAGAGCCUACGGUGAACAAGCUCCGAGGUGACAGUACUACGCAGAGCACUCCCGGAGCGCCGUUCAGUCAGGCCUUGAUAGACGUGUUCCAUGACUGGAGGACAGUUCUGACGGUAUAUGGCGGACCAGCCGCCGAGAAGAAUAAUGUCGAUCCCGUCUCCGCCUUCUACCUCAGUUUCGGCACAUCUCACAGGCUGUUCGAUCAGGUUGUCGAUAUACUACAACAGGAAGUUUCGAGAAGUCGGAGCCCAUCGAGAGAUCCCAUUCAAUUCCAAAUUCGGAACGCAGAAGUAAUGCUCGCGGCGACUCUGCUGAUGCAGCUCAGUAUCUUGCAGCACAUCGUUCAGCCAGUCGGAGAAGUGUGCUACUCGAACGGCACAAUCCACCUGCUCAGAGACCUCCUGCGGCCGACGAUCGCCAACAAUAGGCAGACGCGAGUCCUUCAAGAGGCUCAAUUAUGGGCACUGUAUGCCUGUGCCUGCUGGGAGAUUACAUAUCUGCACAAUGCACCCAGAGGGAAGUGGCAGCCGUGGUUCGUUGGCGCUCUUCGCCGCAAGGCUAUUGCGAUGGGCAUCGAGACCUGGGACCAGGGUCAGGAGCUGUUCGAGCAGUACUGGCCUACGAAGCUCAUGGCUCCGGACGGUGCCCAGUGGUUCGAUGACUUGUUGCUGGAGGGCCACGUGCAGCCGCAAGUCCGCGGUCGUUACGGGCACUGUUGUUGGCAGCCUGCUUGUGCGCUGAGGCCAACAAGCAUGCCUGCAGCAACGAUCAGUGAAUGA